AUGCUGUCCUGCAUGUGUUCUCAAAGAACUAGCCCGCCUAUAGUCUUUACCUGUCUUGGAACCCUGAUAAACUCUCUUUCCGUUAUAAUGAAGAUGAGGCCAAACGCUUUCAAGCAUCUAGCAGGGAAGACGCUGGGUCAUAUGUACAAGGUGUUGGAAAAGAGACAGAAAACAGGGGAAAAUAUUGAAUUAACGGAAGAUGGCCGACCGGCGCAGAGCAGUGAACGGAAGGCGCCCUUAUGUGACUGCACGUGCUUCGGUCUCCCGCGCCGCUACAUCAUCGCCAUCAUGAGCGGCCUGGGCUUUUGCAUCUCUUUCGGGAUUCGGUGCAAUUUGGGCGUGGCCAUCGUGAGCAUGGUGAACAACAGCACCAUUCACCAUAACGGCAAAAUCAUCAUCACAGAGAAAGCCAAGUUUAACUGGGACCCGGAGACAGUGGGGAUGAUCCACGGCUCCUUUUUCUGGGGUUAUAUAGUGACCCAAAUCCCAGGAGGGUACAUAUCAUCACGAUUAGCAGCCAACAGAGUGUUCGGGGCGGCCAUCGUUCUCACCUCCACCCUCAACAUGUUCAUCCCGUCAGCUGCGCGCGUGCACUACGGCUGCGUCAUAUUCGUCAGGAUAUUACAGGGGCUUGUGGAGGGAGUGACAUACCCAGCAUGCCACGGGAUUUGGAGUAAAUGGGCCCCGCCUCUGGAGAGGAGUCGCUUGGCCACCACCUCCUUUUGUGGAUCCUAUGCUGGUGCAGUCGUGGCUAUGCCUCUGGCUGGGAUCCUGGUACAGUACACUGGCUGGUCCUCUGUCUUCUAUGUCUAUGGGAGUUUUGGCAUUGUGUGGUACAUGUUCUGGAUCUUGGUGUCUUAUGAGAGUCCUGCUGAGCAUCCGACAAUCACGGACGAGGAACGCUGCUACAUUGAGGAAAGCAUUGGAGAGAGCGCCAAGUUGUUGGGCCCUGCUGAGAAAUUCAAGACACCCUGGAAAAAGUUCUUCACCUCAAUGCCUGUCUAUGCAAUCAUCGUGGCCAACUUCUGCAGAAGCUGGACCUUCUACCUGCUGCUCAUCAGCCAGCCAGCGUACUUCGAGGAAGUGUUUGGUUUUGAGAUCAGCAAGGUUGGCAUGCUGUCAGCCCUUCCUCAUUUGGUGAUGACCAUCAUCGUGCCCAUUGGAGGGCAGAUAGCGGAUUUCCUGCGCAGUAAGAACAUCAUGUCUACCACCAAUGUCAGAAAGAUCAUGAAUUGUGGAGGCUUUGGCAUGGAGGCUACUUUGCUGCUAAUAGUAGGAUACUCUCACAGUAAAGGCAUGGCCAUCUCAUUCCUAGUGCUAGCUGUGGGCUUUAGUGGAUUUGCUAUAUCAGGCUUCAAUGUCAACCACUUAGACAUUGCUCCACGUUAUGCCAGUAUUCUAAUGGGCAUCUCAAAUGGAGUGGGGACCCUAUCAGGCAUGGUGUGCCCUCUGAUUGUCGGUGCUAUGACCAAAAAUAAGACCAGAGAAGAGUGGCAGUACGUGUUCCUCAUUGCCUCACUGGUACACUACGGUGGUGUGAUCUUCUAUGGCCUCUUCGCAUCGGGUGAGAAACAGCCAUGGGCUGAUCCAGAGCAGACCAGUGAAGAGAAAUGUGGCUUCAUCGAUGAGGAUGAGCUGGCUGAGGAGACAGGUGACAUCACACAAAACUACGGCGCUCUAGGUGCGCCAGCCAAGACAUAUGGCGCGACCUCACAGAUGAAUGGAGGAUGGCCUGACGGAUGGGAAAAAAGAGAAGAAUAUGUACAAGAGGGAGCAGAAGAGGGAGGGUAUGGAUACCGGCAGGGCAGGGAGUACUCCUAG